AAUUACCAUAAAUUUAAUAAUUUACAGAAACCCCUCUUUUUGCAAUUGGAAUUCUGUAGUCCAUCAUUAAUACAAGUAUAUUAGUACUCUGUUUCUUUCUAAAUUAUAAUCAAUCUUCUUUCUUUCUGAUUAAAUUCAAUCAAAAUCAUACCUCCUCACCUCACCUUACCUUACAUCCCCCAUUGUCGCCGUCAUCACAAUUCACAAAUACCCUCUCUCUCUCUUUCUCUCUCCUCUCAAAAGCUGACUUCCCUCCUUCAACGUUCAAAAAACCCCACAUCGUUAAAGAUUCCCCACCCCCACUUUUCCAGGGUUUUGAUUGAACUCUAAAGGGUCAUCUUUAUACAAACUUUAAUUUUUUCUGGGUUAUCGAUUUUGUGUUUAAAUUUUUAUUUUUUGGGUCUUCAAUUUUCAGCUCAAUUUUUAGUUGGGUCAUCGAUUUUGAGCUGAAAGUUCUGGGUAGUCGGUGAAUUUAUCUGGGUCAUCGUAUUUUAGCUCUAAUUUUUCUGGGGUAUCGAUUUUGAGCUGGAAUUUUGUAUAGGUAGUCGAUAAUUUUUUCUGGGUCUUCAUCUAUUAGCUCAAUUUUAUCUGGGUUAUCGAUUUUGAGCUGGAAUUUUUUUGGGUCGUCAAAUUUUGAGCUUGAAAUUUUUCGGAAUUUUGGAGAAGAAGAGAUGUCUUAGGGAAGAGGUUUAUGAAACAGGAAUAUCUGAUGAGAGAGAAGAAAAAUGGGGGGAGUGACGUCAUCAAUUGCUGCUAAAUUUGCCUUUUUUCCGCCAGCUCCUCCGUCAUACACGGUGAUCUCCGACGAGAAUUCCGGCGAUGAGAAAUUGUCAAUACCGGAAGUUCCGAGAAGAGAUGGUGUUGAUGUUUUGAAGCUCCGCAGUCGGAGAGGAAACGACGUCGUUGCUGUUUAUGUAAAGCACCCUAAAGCCUCUUCUACUUUGCUUUAUUCUCAUGGCAAUGCUGCUGAUUUAGGUCAAAUGUUUGAGCUUUUUGUGGAGCUUAGCAGUCGCCUUCGUGUUAAUCUUAUGGGGUAUGACUACUCCGGAUAUGGACAGUCAACGGGAAAGCCUACUGAAUCUAAUACAUACGCCGACAUUGAUGCAGCAUAUAAAUGCCUGAAGGAGAAGUAUGGGGUGAAAGAUGAGCAAUUAAUAUUGUAUGGUCAGUCUGUUGGCAGUGGUCCUACAGUUGAUCUAGCUGCACGUACUCCUAACCUCAGAGGGGUGGUUCUGCAUAGCCCAAUCCUUUCUGGAGUGAGGGUUCUCUAUCCUGUCAAAAGGACUUAUUGGUUUGAUAUUUACAAGAACGUUGACAAAAUGGCCCAGGUGAAUUGUCCUGUCUUAGUGAUCCAUGGAACAGCCGAUGAAGUUGUUGAUUGUUCCCAUGGAAAACAACUUUAUGAGCUCUGCAAGGAAAAGUAUGAACCCUUGUGGCUCAGUGGGGGUGGACAUUGCAACCUUGAACUCUACCCUGAAUACAUCAGACACUUGAAGAAGUUUGUAUCAUAUCUUAACAAAUUCAAAGCAGGCUCAAACGGGACUAAAGAUCCUGCCGUAGAGUCUGCAUCUAAUGGGUCUUCCAAAGAGUCAACAACGGUAGAAUCAGACACUCAAAGCAAGGCUUCAGACAAUCAAAGCAAGUCUUCAGACAAUCAGGUCAAGGUUCCCACAACAACGAAUCAAGACACAUUUGAGUUGAAUCCUGACCUCCCAGAAGUCUCUAGAAACAGCUUAGAUAGCCGGCUUGAAAAAUCUAAGAAGACUAGCAAGCCUGAAAAAUCACGAAUGAGCACUGACCAAGUUGACAGAUUUAGAAGAAAAAAGGGCUUAUUAUGGUGAUGAAGAAUAUGAGAAUCUAUACUAAGUGAUACUCUUAGCUUUGCUAGAAGGCAAUUUUAAUUCUUACACGUGCUUCUGUAACAAUAUGUAUUAACUCCAAAAAAAGUAUAGAUUAUUGAGUGUGUUAAUUCUUGAGUUGUUUUUUAGUCCAUACCUCUUGUACUUCAUGCGUGUAUAAUUCGGAGUUUUUAUCAAGUGAUUUCUUGUACUUUCAGUUGAAUAGAAAGUACUUCUCGUAUGCGUGUAUUAUUUCUUGGUGGCAGGUUGCACCAAAGUUGCAUUGUAUUAUUUUCCAGAAAGUAAA